AUGUACACUCUCGCUGUCACCGGCGGAACCUUGAAUGCUCUCGGUGCCAUCUCGUUGCUCAGAUUUCCCAAAAUACUCUCGUUAAAGAUCAUGAGCCCAGACCCAGUUAGGAUCCCGCACGUACACUGCGUUUCUUUUGUCUGGGAAGCGACUGACGCCUUGGUCGCUAGGGCACCGAUUGGGGUAAAAAUCAGAUUCUUGAUCACUACUUUGAACGUUUGGCCUACAGCACAAAUGAUUAAUUUCCGAUAUAUGGGGGCAAGUCUGUUACAAACUCCUACUAUAUCUGAGCUAUGGACUCGAGCGCAGGCUGCUAUCGCUGGAAACCUCGCUAAUCCACCACGCUUGAGGGCGAGUCGAGCGAGCAGCUUAUUCGUGUGUUUUUGCCGAUGCAUGACACUAGUUUCUGGUGAUUUAGAAACAAUCUGUUCAAAUACCUCUGGCCGAGUCGGGAAGCAGUUGACUAUAUAUACUGGGUACCGGAUGUUGUACGGUGAUGACCAGUCUGGGAUAGACUUGGACAACCAGCAGAGCCAGCAGCCUCCAAAAUCAUCUCAAGAGUCAUUAUUCCUGCAGGCCCGGCAGAGACGUAAAAUCGCUGAACUGGAGGGAAAGCUAGAGACCUUGGAGUCAGGGCGCUGAAGGUACAACAAUUCAGAGAGUGAGUCUGAACAAUGUUGGGUCUUGCAGAACCUAGCUGCUAUUUGACCCUAAAGGGUUUCUGGACCAGGCUCAAGGCUCAGAGGAGAGGAAAUAUCAUGAAAAACUACUGAAGACUCAGACUCAUACUGAUAAC